UUAAGUCAACAAACAUGGCCGACGAUGGCGAGAAGGUUGCACGAAAACAAAGAGGUCGCUACCGAGAAUACAUGCGUCAUUCUAAUCCAUACAAAUUUCCAGCGGCAAGAAGACGAAAAGGCAACCUCUAUAAAGCGAAACAAUCAUCAACUGGUACACGAAAUGAUUUAAACAAAUGCGAUGUUGAAGAAAUGAUUCCCGACACGCGACAUGCACAGCCUCUUUGUACUGGCGAUCCUGCUGAAAUAUUCGAAGCAGAAACAAACAGCAUGAUUUUAGGUGAAGACUGCAGCUAUUUUCAAGUGCAAGACAUGGAAGAUUCAAGCACAUUUGGAUUGGAAGAAGAAAAUAAUUCGAGGAUAAGCGGAGACGAAUUUGAACUGUUUGAUUCCGCGGAUACUAACACUUUUGAACAAUUUGUCAAAGACGAGGAUGCUUGCUCGGACAUUUUCAGUGACUGUGAGAACCCUGAUGAAAUAGACACUGAAUGCAUUCCAGAACAUUGUGGAGCAGAAUCAGAUGACAUGCUAUAUUCGGGAGCUCCAAUCACAAGUAACUCAAGUGUUGUGUUGUUGCUAUCUUUCGUGUUUAAGCACAAGCUUACACGUGAAGCAUUCAAUGAUUUGCUUGCAGUAAUAGAGGCUCACUGUCCCCGGCCUAACAACUGCAAGACAACAGUAAACAACCUGUUCCAAUUUCUGAGCAGAGCGAAGGGAAAUGUUGUCAAGCAUUACUUCUGUGGUUUCUGCAAGGCAUAUUAUGGCAAAGAUGUCAAAGGAAACUGUACCAUUUGUGGCAAAAGCAUCCAAAACAACGGUGGAUUCUUCAUUGAAGUGCCUAUUGAAAAUCAGCUGCUUAAGUUUUUCUCUGAUUCAGAAUUUGUUGAUGGACUAAAGUACCGAUUUCACCGAGUUAAGAGGGCUGAAGCCUUAUUACAUUAAAUUUUCGCACCACAUUAAUUUUGUGAUUUUGAGGUUUAUGCAUUUCACAAUUUUGCAAAAGGUUUUGUAUUUUGAGUCACUUUUAUUCUGUGUUUAUCAGUGAGGUGAUUUACCUUUUUGGCAAUUUACUGUAAAAAUUCUUUGACCUAAAUAUAAGGAUUGUUGUACAAAUAAGUUUCAAAAACUAUUAUGUUAUCAAGCUUCAGGUCCGUUGACACUCACAUCUUCAAAGUUAACUUCACUUUUCAUUUUCUUUUGGACUUGCAAACUGUAAUUUAACUUAUUCUUUCUUGAUUUUUACC